AUGAUUCCAAAGUCUAUAGCAUAAGCUCAUAGUAAUUUAAUAAAAAAUUUUUUGGAUAGUAACUUUUCUAGAUAGAUUACUAAAUCUCAUAAUUUGUUAAUUGGAAUCGAUAAGCAAGGUUGGGCUAUCCCAUACUAAAUUAAACUUCAAACUUGCAUGAUUGGCUUAUCUGAUUAUGGAGUAACUGCUUAGGUUAAGUAAAUAUAAGACAGUUUUUUGUAUUUGUCUGUAGAUUUAGGAAAAAAUUUUAAUAUAAUUACAUGCUCAUAGAUACUUUUUAAUACUCUCUUUAAAGAAAAUCAUAAUAGGCAUUCACUUGAUUAAAUAAGACUAGAUUUAUAUAUGCCUACUUUAGCUAGCUUUACUAAAAAAAAUAGAUAUGAAAAUUCAUUUUAUGAGACAAUAUUUGUGAAACCAAAAAAUAAAAACUAAACUCAAUUUGAUAAUUUAAAAUAAUCACCUGAAUUCAUAGAAUUAUUACUGUAGAUGGACAUAUUUAAAAUAUCAGCAUAGUGCACAUUCAUAGAAAAUAAAUUUACUUAAAUUUUAUAAUUAAAAAUUAAUGAAGUAGAUUUGAUCGAAGAAAAUCACCAUAAAAUAGAAUUUUUAAAAUAAUCAAUGGAUCAUUUAGAGCAAUUCCAAAUAAUUUCUUAAGAAUUUACUCAAUAGCAAAAGUAAAUUUUAGAUCAAAAAAACAAAUUUUUUAAUAACUAAAAACAAAAUUCUCUCACUUAAAACUAAAUUAAUGGAGAUAGUAGAAAUUUUAUUUCUGAAAAAACCUAUAGCGGAUCUAACAACAUAUUGUAGAAACUACAAAACUAAAACAGUAAUCAUAAUAAUUCAGCUAAUACAAAGUUUAAGAAGAAAAUUAAGCUUAAAACAAUACAUAUCAAUAGAUUCAAGCAGAAAUAAGCAGUUAACCUGAAAUUUUAUUCUCCUCAAUAAAUGUUUUAAGUACUAAAAGGGAUAGUACUAAAUUGA